AUGAAUAAUUUCACUUCAGUUUAUGAAAGUGGUCAACUUAACAACUGGGGCACAAGUUCUGUUCAUCAUAUUGAUAAUGUUUCUGAUAGUUUCAUGAGUAGUGAUAAAUAUGGAAAUUAUAUUAUCAUUCAUAAAAACGAAACAUCAAUUUUUCUUAGUAUAUUAGUAUUUUCUGUGUAUAUUAUCACUAUGUUAUCUUCUUUCAUUGGCAAUACAAUAGCAAUAUGUAUAUUUUUACGAAAACGUAAAAAAUUUGGCAUAAAAUAUCAUACUACAAUAAAACCAUUUGCCAGGACUAAAAAACUGGUAGAUUCAAAUUCAGAAAAUUAUCUACAGUCAUUAAAGAAUCGUCAAGUUGAUGGAAAUUAUGACACUUCAGCGAGUAAUUAUGAUCACAAUAAUUUUUUGAAAAAGAACCUGGAUAAUUCAAUAGAAAAAGCACCGAAGCACUUACACCAUGUUAUGAGAAACACAUACCAAAAGCAAACAUUUUAUAUGAAUGGAGCAUUUAAUUAUUAUUUAGCCAGUUUAGGAAUAUCUGAUUUAUUCAUGGGCCUUUUUUGUAUUCCGUUUACAUUUACACAAAUUUAUUUACAUCACUGGCCAUUUCCUGAUUUAAUGUGCCCAAUUGUUGUUUAUGUACAAAUGGUUAUGGUUACAGCCUCGUCAUUAACAAAUACAGUUAUUAGUCUAAACCGAUUAUUUGGUAUAAUAAGUCCAUUUAGAUUUGAUCAUUGGCCUAGUAGACAUCAAAAAUCAUUGACUAUCUGCAUAAUAAUAAGUAUUUGGGCUAUUUCACUUAGCGGUAGUACAGUACAACUGUUUGCAACCAGAACACAAAUACAAGAACAAGAUAAAAAUUCAUUAGAGCAACAAGAAGGAUAUUUAGCUGAUCGUAAACUAUGUCAGGAAUCAUGGGAUGGAGAUGACUAUAAGCGAUCAAUUUAUACAGUUGUACUUUUCUUAGUAAUCUACAUUAUUCCACUGGGAAUACAAACAUCAACCUAUGGAUAUAUUAGUUUUAGGUUAUGGAACCGCAAAACACCUGGGGAGUCAAUUAAAGGUGUAGAAGAUAUGCGGAUUAAAGAAAAGAAACGAAUCAUUAAAAUGUUGGCUUUCAUUGUCGCGAUGUUUGGUAUUUGUUGGCUUCCAUCACAUUUGUUCUUCCUUCUACAAGAUUUUAGUCCAUUAUUUCGCAAUAUGCCUGAAAAUACAACCAGACUUGUGUAUGGUAUGUGCCACUGGAUAGCAAUGUCGAACAGCUUUGUCAAUCCAAUUAUUUAUCUAAUCAUGAGUAAAUCGUUUCGGACUGAUUUCAAACAAAUACUGAAGUGCAUAUUCCCCUGUUGGAAAUCACAUAAUCUAAAUUCUUGA